AGCAUAUGUCUACAUAACAAAAAAAGUAACUUGUGCUUCUCUUUUAGGUGGCAUAUAUAUUGAAGAAACAGCAUUUGUACAACUCAAAGAGGCGUUGGAUACAAAUAGGUAUAAUUAAAGAAACAUAGGUUUACUAAUGAGAGAGGAAUUGUGAAUCGGCGGGCAUGAAAAGCGCGAUCAGAUGCUGCAUCUCUUGCAUUCUGCCGUGCGGCGCGCUCGACGUCCUCCGAAUCGUCCACACAAACGGCCGCGUUGAGGAAAUCAGCGGCGCCGUCACGGCCGCCGAGAUCAUGAAGCUCCACCGCAAACACGUCCUUAAAAAGCCCUCGGAAUCCGGUAUCGUGCCGCCCGACGCGCAGCUCAAGCGAGGCAAAAUUUACUUCCUCAUGCCUCUUCCGCCGCCGCCGGAGAAAUCGCGAUCGAAGAGGAAAAGGAGAGAUUCGGCGCGAACGACGGAGAAGACCGGAUGCAGUAUUUCCAUGGCGAAUCUCCUGAUUUCCGAUCGCUAUCUGAGCGAGAUUCUAUCGGAGAAAAUCUCGACGCAGAGAGAUCGGCGGCGCGGCCGCGUUGGCGUGUGGCGGCCGCAUUUGGAGAGCAUUUCGGAGACGCCUGUUGAUCGCUCCUUAAUUAAUUAGUGUUUAUUUUUAUAAAUAAAUACGUGAAUUAGUAUGGUUUGAUAAUUGAAGCUAUAUCGCUCAAACCUUGUUUUGGUGUUUCGAUUUUAUUAUAUCAGUUUUGCUUGUACAUAAGUAUUUUCCUAAAUUACGUGUGAGAAAAUAAAAAUUCAUAUCUGAAUACUGAA